ACGAUAGCGAUGGAUGCUUCUGGCCGAAAUUCAAGUGCAGCUUAAGGGACCGCUCAAUGAUAUCCGUCCGUUGCCAGGGCGGUGAGGCCGCCUCCCAAAUUCUUUCACCUCACUGUGGUCAACGAACUACUCCGGCCUUUCAUAUUGAUCGGAUAAACCCGUCGCGUCCGUUGGCACCGUUCACUUCCUCUCGACUGUCUUUCCUCUGUCAUGGUCGAUACGAUAUCGACUUUUUGAUCAACACGAUGGCAGGUUUACAGUCUCGGUCGGCUUUGUCCCUCCCAUUCUCCCUCUCUACGGCUUUUCACAACCUUUCGUUAACCGCCUCCAAACGGUCCUUUUCCACAACGCUAGCCUCGCAAAAGAUCAAACCGCUGCCUGACUACAUUCCUCCUUACCCUUACGGCCCUAAUCAGGUCUACAGGCAAUCGAAUACAGGUCUCUAUGGAGGCGUUACGAUCCAAUUCGGAAACAAGAUCUCCCAAGGUCGGAAUGAAGGGAAAACCCGACGCAUGUGGAAGCCAAACGUCCGCCGAAAGAAGAUCUUCAGCGAAGCUCUCAAUGAAUGGCUGUAUAUCAAGGUGACGCGUAAGGCGUUGCGGACAAUCCGGAAGUCUGGUGGACUCGAUAACUACCUUCUCGAUGACCGACCGGGGCGGGUUAAGGAACUUGGAGUGUUCGGAUGGAAGUUGAGAUGGCAGGUCAUGCAGACCCCGAAGAUCCAGGAGCAAUUCCGAAAAGAGCGGAAGCGCUUGGGUCUCCCGGAACCCCCGACAUUUGAGGAGUGGGUAGCGCAGAAAGAAGCCGAAAUCAAGGCGCAGGCGGAGGAUCAGACCAACAUCAAGGAUGUCACGAAGCCAAGAUACAAUACAAAGCUAUACUAGAAGGGGCGGAAUCAAAGUUUCUGGAGAAGCAGUUUGAACAGUUGAUUUGUUUCUGAUUUGUGGUGAUCAACGGAUGGGGCGUCUGUAUUAUAAUUUUGGUUAGGGUCACCUCUGUCCCGUAUACCAGCAUACAACUACCACUCGGUUGUUGCGUUUAUUUUCUUGAAUUUGCAUGAUUAGCUCUUCAGUGUACUUUAUACGUUGUCAAUGCUAUUUUGGGUUAAAUAUCUAGUUCAUUAUGGAAUACCAUGGAUGUGGUAUAGGAGAGAAUGACUUAUCACACCACGCAUAUAAUGUCU